AUGGGCAAGAAAGAUUCUUUGCGGGGAAAAUCUCCUGCAGGGAGGCCUGACCCCCCCAGCUCGGACUCAAGCUCGGAAAAUGAGCCAGCACCGGAGUCCGUUGUCUACCGUGGCGCGCCGCCUGAGAAACCAGAGGCGAUUCGAACAAGAUCGCUUGUCGUCCUCACUUUCUGGUUGAUCAUAUUACUUCUCGGGUUGCCUAUGUGGUGGAAAACUACGUCCAUCUAUAGAGCCAAGCUCCCGCUACAUGAAAUGGAGAACUGGGCAACUGGAAAGUCGUGUCGGCCCGUUUUCCCCUUACAUAUACAUGUUCAUACGCCAGGCUUGAAUGUGCCCGAAGCGGAGUCCCUUGUUCAAGCCGCGCAACAUGCUCUUGAUGACCUAAACGAUUUCUCCGCACACCACCUCCGCCUUCGUCUCAUGAAAACGAAGGAGAGCUUAGAUGCUGAACCGAGAGCCGUCAAUGAAGCCGCGGACGAUUCUGCACUUACAUUACGGCUAAUUCCACUCGACGAUAUCACGUCAAUCUCUUCGGACUUGCAUCGAUACUCUGAGCGAUUGGACGUAUUUUACCCCUCUAGCCAGGUGCAAUCGCAGAUCACUUCUCAUUCGCCCCUUACAACGUUCAUAGCAAACGAAUUGCGCACGCUGUUUAAUGAAGAGAAGGCAACCCUCGAGUAUAUACUCUCGCAAGGCAACAGUGCAAAUUCGGCUUCGAAAAAUGCCAUAUCGGGAGGGCUAGCGGCACAAGGCCCCCAGGGGUUAGGAUCAAUUAGCAAAGAUCAAAGGGCGACCGCGCUAAAUCCUACGACACCUCCACGGCUCCUCGAAUCUAUCGCCAGCCGGGCGAAGAAGUCAUUCAAAUACGCCGAAUUGUACCACCUAAGCUUUUCUCUCUUCACCCCAGGUCCGGCCCCGUCGUCCUGGGAGAUUGAAUCCGCCCUGAAUCAAUAUCUAUCUCCGCUUCUCAGCGCAUUGUCUCCGAUUAGCAAUUUUUCUGUUGACACUCAGGUGCAAGUCUAUGCCACUUUCUCACCAACCGCAACACCGCCUGAAUAUGAUGAAAGCAAAGCUGCAUGGACACUUAAAAAGGACGAUUUGAGCGGCUUCAUCAACGCCGCUGAAUGGCCUCUGAGCCCUAGCAUUGGUGGCGGACCAACCAUAAAUUUUAUCCUUUAUGUUCCAUCGCCGACUCAAUCACCGUUAGUUGUCAAAGAGAACUCGGCUACAAGUUGGCUUAUUCCUCAAUGGGGAGGUGUGGCCAUUCUAAACCCACCGUUAUCUGCAGACCCACAACCGCAGAACCCAUAUCACCUUUCCCACGAGGCUCUGAAGCCUGCUAUGGACACAUUUUCACACCAGCUUCUUACGCUUCUCGGCACCCCUACCUCCCCACCAUCUCUACCACUACGGCUUCACAGCUUAAUCCGUAUUCAUACUGCAUCCCUCCUCUUAUCUGCAUCGUCUACAAUGGGAUCCCUUGCCCGCCUCACGCACUCACUUCCUAACAUACCCAUCCCUGCCACAGUCGCAACGUCCGUCUCCCGCACACUAUCGCAUCUUUCUUCAACUUGUGAAUUGCUGCACCAGGGCGCCUUCAAGUCCGCCCUCGCCAAUGCCAGAGUUGCUGAGAAGGAAGCCGAACGCAGCUUUUUCGAGAAAAUUGUCGCUGGCCUGCCGGAGGCCGUAAUACCGAUGGGAGGUUUCAACCUAUUCUCCUCGCCACCAAGAUACACGGGACUGUACACCUUGAUGCUUUCCGUACUCGAGGAUCGUUGCGGGUACGAUUUGUUUGGUGGAGUCACGGGCAUCGGUGGGACGUCUGAAGGUGGAGGAUCUGUUAUCACCGUGAAUUUCGGCGCGAAGAAACUCUUCACUCGGAAGUCGGUUCGGAAGGAGUCUUGUGUGCCUGAAGGCAUGGGGUCGGAUAUUGAGAUAACAGUACCCUCCACGGACCUUUGUCGGAAAUGGUUGGCGUUCGAGCUAGGCGGCUGGGUUGGAGGAUGGCUAGUGCGUCGCCUUCUCAAGCAACAGAAUGCAGCAGUGGCUAAGAUUCCGCCAAUAAGUCCUGUGAAGAACCCUACCGCCACGGCACCGGGAGGAAAGUUAUUGCACUUUUGUUCCACGCUUGGUGAUGUUGCUGGUACCACUGUCGGUGUGGAGGUUGAUGUGGCGGAGGCGGUAGUCGUUGGUGAUGUCGUUGGCAAUGUCGAUGUUGAGGUAGACGGUAAGGGCUCGGACGACGAAUUGACAAGCACACAACUUCUAUCCUGGCAAGCGUACCCAUGCGGACAACACAUAUUCCCACAUUUUGGCAAAUCGUCGGUCAGUUUUGUGGUUUUUACCGAGCUUCCUGGAUCGACGGCAACGUUCUGCCGCUGA